CCCCUUCUGCGACUUGCAUCUGAGUUGCAUUUAGCGAUCAUCUCAUUUCUCCCAGCUCUCAAGGACGCCAAAGAGGAACAUGAUCUAGCACUUCUCCAACUUCGCCGAACAAAUCAUUACUUUCGCAACCUUAUAUCUCCUCCGACCCACAACGACCUUCUCUCUCUCGAGUUAGCUUUGUUCGAGUACUCAGUAUACGCCUGUAAAUUCUGUCUUUGUCUCCGGCCAACAACGAAGUUUGCUUCAACUAUGCUCAAAGGCAAAAAAGGAGUCAAUGGUAAAACUCGGGAUCGAAGAUUUUGCGCAGACUGCGGAUUCGAUACUACAGUUGUCGGGCAGAGUCAGCGGUAUUGCCCUAGUACAAGAGCAGGUGUAAACGGAGUUGAUUGGGUAUGGUGCAAGCAUUGCAAGUUGGUGAAAAAAGGGGAAGAGGCAAAAUCAGUGUGC